AUGCCUCAGAAUUUCCAACGUUUCAUUGACCGUGUUUUACGUGGCCUUCCAUUUUUUAUGCGUAUACUGAUGAUAGACUCAAACGGCAUUCGGCCUCUUUCCUCAAAGGUUGCCGCCAUUCGGGACUUUCCGCUCCCUACAUCGAGGCGUCAGUUGCAACGGUUCCUUGGUAUGGUGAACUUUUAUCGCCGGUUUCUCCCGAACUGUUCCGAUACCAUCCUACCUCUAACCAGUCUCCUCUCAGGUUCUAAGCGCACUUUUGAACUUAAACCAGCAGCACUCACGUCAUUUGAGCAGGUAAAAGCCCUUUUGGCUGAUGCCACCCUCCUGACUCACUUUCAUGCUGAUGCACCCAUAUCUCCGAUGGUCGAUGCCUCCAAUGGUGCUGUUGGCGCGGUUCUUCAACAAAGUCUGCCAGAUUCUACCGUGCCUUUGGCUUUCUUCUUCUUCUUCUUCUUCUUCUUCUUCUUCUUCUUCUUCAGGAAACUAUCCAAGGCCGAAAGCCGCUACAGCACAUUCGGACGUGAACUUCUCGCUGCUUAUCUUGCGGUAAGGCACUUCCGGCAUUUACUCGAAGGUCGAGAGUUCACAAUUUUCGCAGAUCAUAAGCCACUCACAUUUGCAAUGCAUUCCUACUCUUAUAAGCUAAGCCCCCGAGAGAUCCACCACCUGGACUACAUUUUGCAGUUCACUUCAGACGUCCGCCAUAUUGACGAGUCACGGAAUGAGGCGGCUGACGCACUGUCCAGGCCCUCUAUUGCUCAUCUUCAGCUUUCACUCGGGAUAGACCUCGCUGAGAUGGCCGCUGAACAACGCCGUGUCGGUCCACCCUGUGAUGAGGAUGUUUCCGGACUCCAACUUCAGGAACUACCACUGACAACUGGCAACGGCAUUAUUUUAUGCGACGUAUCCACCCCAUCCCAUCGUCCAUUUGUGCCACCAUCCCUCCUCCGUAAAAUUUUCUCCUCCCUGCACAAUCUCUCUCACCCUGGGAGUCGAGCAACCGACAAGCUGGUUUCCGACAGCUUCGGCUGGCCUGGGAUGCACAAGGACCUCAAGGCAUGGACACGGGCUUGUAUCAGCGGAGUAAGAUCCAGCGGCACAACAAGGCCCCCAUUGGCACCUUCCCCGGCCCUGGUUCAAGGUUCGGCCACGUUCACCUGGACAUUAUAG